ACAGGUCUAUGAGAACAGAGGCGGAGGGGGAGAGAGGAGAGAGAGCAGAAGGGAGAGAGAGAGAAAAGUAAGUUUACACUAAGGCAGGAUCAAGGAAUCAGAGGAGAAUGUUCAUGUUCUGGAAAGAAGGACACGAUCUGACGGACAUUUAGGACAAGCCAUGUGAGGGAUGCGCACCUCAGAGGCUGUGGCAGUGGCACUGUGGAAAAGUGCUUUCCACUUGCUAAUCUCCUACUGAACCUGAUUACCUUUGAAUAAGGCACCAUGGAAAGGAUUGCCUGAGAGGAAAGUGAAUUUGUAGCAAUAGCUGGGAAAGUUUGAAGAUACGUGGAUGUGUCCUUUUGAACAGUUUCUACUGAGAUAGCAGCAGCAGCACUGUUUCCCAGCGCCUCAGGAGGAGGGCAUCAUGAUCUCCACAGCUCUCCGCUGGCUGGUCUUAGUGUUCUUCAUCAUUCUGACCAUUGGCGGUAACGUGCUGGUGUGUUUAGCCGUCGGGCUCAGCCGUCGAUUGUGGCGCAUUGCAAACUGCUUUGUUGUGUCGCUGGCAGUGACAGAUCUCCUGCUAGGCCUGUUGGUGAUGCCCCUGUCUGCCACUGUGGAGCUGCGCAGUGGGAAAUGGCCCCUCGGAGGAGCCCUGUGUAACAUCUAUAUCUCAGUGGAUGUCAUGCUGUGUACAGCCUCCAUCCUUACCCUAUUGGCAAUCAGUGUGGACCGAUACCUGGCUAUUUCAGCUCCCCUUAGCCACUCCCGGAGAGUUACCCCACUACGGGUGACCCUGGCCAUCACCGCCAUCUGGACCUUGUCAGUAGCUGUGUCCUUUGUGCCCAUCCACCUGGGCUGGAACACAGCAGACUACAGAGUGCAGCAUUCGGACUGGGGCAUAGGGGAUGAGGACAAGGAGGGACGCUACUGCCAGUUUGAAUGGAAUAACAACUAUGUUCUUAUUUAUACCUUUGGCUCAUUUUACCUUCCUCUGAUGCUUAUGUGUGGAAUGUAUCUUUGCAUAUUCAGAGUGGCCCGAGAACAGGCCCGGCGUAUUCGUGCUACCACCCCAUCAUCUGCACGUACAGCGACUGCAGCCAUAACCCGAGAGCACAAAGCUACAGUGACCCUGGCAGCUGUACUGGGCGCUUUUGUCAUCUGCUGGUUUCCCUACUUCACCUUCCUCACCUGCAAGGGCAUAAAAGAAAAGACGAACCCCCCAAACACCCUUCACUCAAUAGUCCUGUGGAUGGGUUAUUUCAACUCAGCCCUUAAUCCCAUCCUGUAUCCAGCCUUCAACAGGGAUUUCCGCAAGGCCUAUGGAGAGCUGCUUCGCUGCCGAGGGUCGUCUUGCAGAAAACUGCAGUUUACUCGUGCAUCUGUGCAUAAACGAUUAACCUUCACUAAUGGCAAAAAGGUCUCCCAACAGUCUAAGAAACAUAUUGACACAGUUGAUAAAGAAACUGAGGACAAGAGCAUCACUUUACUUGAGGGAAAUGGUUUUCCUAGUGAGCCAAGAUGAAAUGCUGUGGGUCCUGUUGCACUGACAGACUGUAGUGUAGCAGUAAAAUAUUAGAAUUGCAAAUUCGCUUGGCUGCUCACAGUACCAGAUUAGCUAACAAUUUACAGUAUCAGUUAAAUGUUUAGUGUGAAGUGCCAAAGAUCAUACAAUUCAAGGCACAAUACAAUAAAUGUUACAUAACUUUUUUUGUUCGUGUACAAAUCCACUGUUUAAGUGCCUAAUUAAUCGGGUCUGGUCAGUUUGGUGAUUAAAUCAAAUUUUACACUCAGGGAAGUUUGCAGUGUUGGGCUUUCUGUCUAUUGGACACUUGUGAAAAAGCAGAAAACAGUGUGCUUCAAUGGAAUGGAGUAGAGCUGCCAGGACUGAAUAGAUGACUCAGUAAGUUUUACAGAAAGCUGCAUGGAGACACAGGUGGUUAAAAGUUUGCAAAUUGUUUAUUUUCUCUUCCUUCAGUUCUGGCAGUGGAAGUGAAUAAGUGACCAGCAAGUUGAUAUGAUGUACAAUAUGUGCACUUUUGACUUGACCCAAGCAGGACAACCUAAAGGACUUCCUGGAUGCGUCAACAGAUGAACUGCAACUGAACUACACAUCCUUUUUAAAUUAAGGGUUAAACUAUGAUGAAGAAUGGUUGCAAUGAUUAAAUCUGUGAAGCUGAUUCUCAGAGUUUUCACAAUUUUUAAAGACUUUUUCAAGUGGACAUGCUCUGCAUUGCAUUAAGUAAAAAGAAAAACAAAGUGAAGACUAACUUGUUAAAAUAUAAUUUCAAUUUUGCUGCCUUUAUGUAUGUUGUAAGACAAUGAUGAGAAACGACGAGGAAUGUAAUUGCAGUCUGCUUCACAAAUUGUCAAAAAUAACUUUGAGAUGAAAAAUUGGAAUUAAAGAUCACUGACAGGUAAUUUAAAAAAAAAAUAUAUAUAUAUAUAUUCAUAUGUUUAAAAUAGAUAGAACAGUGACAUUUAAAUGUUAUGUAUUUAAGAAAUAUAUUUAUUUUGGGAUUUUUAUUCCUUAGUUGUAUUUUUAUUAGUGACUUUCUAAACCUAUGUAAUCCAAUAUGACUUAUCAUUGUAAAAUUCCAUACCAAUGAGACAUUCACUCUUUGCUUAAGUUUUGCAAAUAUGCACACAAUGCAUUGUAGAUAUUGUACUAUAGAUUGAAUAUUGCACUGGUGAUGUGUCAGGUUGUUUCUUGGAAUGGCUUAGGAGGACCAUCAGUGGUAUUGCAUAGAUGAAAAUUGUUUUAAAACUGUCAGUAACAAGGCAAACUCUUUCUGUGAUUCUAAUUAAAUAUUCAUGUCUGUUGAGCUAAAGAAAGGUAAUGAUAUCCUUUGCCUCAACCUUGUAGAAAGGAGGACACUGAGGAAAAGACAUAAGAUCAUUUCGUCACAAAAAUAAGGUCAGAAACUAGAACUGAUCAUGCCAACACCUGAUAUAGCAACAUAGCCACUGUAUUAAACAUAAAUAAAGUUGUUAAUUGUAAUUCAUGUCUGAUUGCAGAGGUGUUAGAAGUGGUAAAGUGAGUUGCUGGACAGUUUUUAAGGUAGCAUUAAUCCAGCAUUCUAGGGUUUUCCGACCUGAGGAGGAUGAGUUUAAGUUCUGAUACUGCUGCCAAACAUGUCCAAGCACAGCAUGAGAGUGUCAGAGUUUGAGUGGUGCAUGUGCAGCCACAUGGAGGUUAAACAGCUGCCUCUGUGAAAACUAGCUGGAAUCCAUCAGAUGGGGCUCUUCUUAGUUUAUUUAAAUGCACCAACUCUGACUUUGAGCAGACAUGAAAACUGAACUAAGAGAAAUGGCUGUUUACAUGUUGCAGUAGCUACUGUACAGUUAAAAAUCAAAUCUCAGCAGGAAAAGUGAUUUCCUGGAGUCUUCUCUGGGUGCCAAGCAACAUCUCCACAACACCGAGACUCUACAAAGUGAAGGCAAUUGCUAAGAGUUACACCAUUAUAAACGGGCUUUUCAUUUCUGUUUCUACUACAUAUUUUGCAAACUGUAAAGAUUUUACCAUUGGUAAUUUAACCUAGCUGUUUUCCUUGGCUUUAGUCUUCAUGCUAAGCCAUGGGCUAAUGGUCUACUGGGUCCAUAUCCAUACAAUAAGAGUAUUAGUGGUUGUCCUCCUAAAAUGACACCACAGACAGUGCACUACUUGCAUAAUCUAGCUCUGAAAAACAGAUGGUUUUCACACUUUAAUAAAAAUGCUUCACACUUUAAUAAAAAAUGGAGGUAGACAUUGUAUAGGACAGUGUAUGAUAUAAAUAUUGUAAAGUAGUUUUACAGUGUUUGAACACAUUUGCUUGCUAUACAGUAUAAACUUUUCAAAAAAUCAUAAAUAGAAGAUUAAUGAAUGUCGGGAGCACAUUCUUUGGUCAGAUAAGACUAAGAUAAAUUUAAACAAACAUGGUUCAGCAUGAUUCGGGUGAACCUGGUGAGGACUACCACAGUGAAGGAAUAGUUACCACAGUGAAGCACAGAGGUGGAAGUGUUAUAUGGGACUGCACGAGUGCAAAAGGUGUUGGGAAGAUGAUAUUUAAAGACGGCACCUGUGCAUAUACCAAAACACUGGCUGAUAAAAAGACUCCCAGAGUAUAGUAACUUGGCCCAAGAGGGAUAUUUCAAAGCACACAGCCAAAAAUCACACAAGAGUUCCUAAAAAAAAACUAAAAACUAUGGUUUAGCCAAAUAUGUUGUCUGACUUGAUUCCAACACAACAUCUUUGGGGUAUUUUGAAGAGAAAGCCAGAGCAACACAACCCCUACAGUAAAGAGCAGCUGAAAAAAUAGUCUCUGAGGAAUAACUCUAUCUUCCAAGCCAAGUCUCCCUUCAAAAAUAAAGGCGGACAUACAAAAUAUUUGAAACCUAAAAGAUUUAAGUCUCAGUAAUGACAGAUGUACUGAUUUUUGCACUGUGUUCCUGCUGUUGGGCCUGAUGCUUUAUUAUAGCAAAUAUGUUCACAAUGUUAGUUUUAAGAGCAAAUACCCUGCUGCUAAACUCAGAAUUAUUGUGAAUACUCUAAGGGGAACCAGUGUCAAAUCAUUUGACAUUUAUGUGAUAUUGCACGAGAAUGAACAUUUCUUAUUUUUAAAUUAUUUUUAAAAACCUAAUAAAUUAUUGCUUAAAACAUAAUUAUUUGGUUGCCAAAAACUAAAUACAUUAUAUUACUGAUCUCUGUCUUCAAGGUUGCAAAUGUAUUUGCAUUUAAUUAUUUCAUAUCAAGCAUCAUAGAUACAUUAUUACAUAUAAGUAAUUAAUGCAAACAUUUAUUAAGAUGUGCUAGUUCUUGACUACAAUGUAUUCUAUAUGGCAAGUCCCAUUUAUUAGCUGGCUAUAUCUGUUUUAACCUGAUCAGUCUGGGCUUUGUGCGUCUGUAAAUGUUUGAUGAUAAAUAGUGUGCUGUGACUUAACCUUCAGAUCAAAAGGACAAAACAAAGAUAAUGAAGCCACAUGAGAUUUUCCAGUAACUGUUGGUAAACAUAAUGGAUUCAAAAUGUCUUUUAUAAUGAUGUUUCUACUGAAUUAAGGAACUGACAGACCUUCAAUGGUGCCAUGCAGUGUGCGUCAUCGUGUGCUUCAUGAAACUGUAUUGCUGGCUCAGAAGUGUACUAAUCCAAUAUUGUGCUUGUCUAAUUAUUCAUGUAAGGCCUGAUAGAGAGAUAUCUUCUGUAAUCUCAGAUGUUCAGUCUUUCAUUUUCAUUGUGGUUAUCUCUGUUUACUCGCACACUAUCAUUUCCGGUGUUAUAUCUCUAGAGCACAAAGAUAAAUAAAAGAGCUGCCUGCUGCACAGAGAGCGGCAUUUUUUUA